CUCACUUGAACAUUUCUUCAGGGAGCAAUACUCCACUUCAAGCGGAUUUUCAACAUGGUUUCAGCGGGCUUGCAGAUGCUGGGCGCCGCCUUCGGCGUCCUGGGCUGGAUAGGGACCAUCGUGGUGUGCGCGCUGCCCCAGUGGAAGGUGACGGCUUUCGUGGGCACCAGCAUCGUGACGGCGCAGACCACCUGGGAGGGAAUCUGGAUGACCUGCGUGAUCCAGAGCACGGGCCAGAUGCAGUGCAAGGUCUACGACUCCCUGCUGGCUCUGAGCCAGGACCUCCAGGCCGCCCGGGCCCUGGUCAUCAUCGCCAUCCUGCUGGGCGUGCUCGGGGUGCUGCUGUGCCUGGCGGGCGGCAAGUGCACCAACUGCGUGCGGGACGAGGGCGUCAAGGUCAAAAUCUGCAUGGCGUCUGGCGUUGUCUUCAUCCUGUCCGGGGUGCUGUGCCUCAUCCCUGUAUGCUGGACUGCCAACACCAUUAUCAGGGACUUCUACAACCCACUGACUUCGGGCUCCCAGAAGAGGGAACUGGGGGCCGCCCUGUUCAUCGGCUGGGGGGCCUCCGGCCUGCUACUCAUCGGCGGCGCCCUCCUCUGCGCCAACUGCCCGCCCAAAGACGACAACCCCGCCAAGUACUCGGCAAGCAGAGCGUCUGCGCCCAAAGACUACAUCUGAAGGAUGACCAGUAUUUCACCACUUCCUGUUUUAUCAAGCACCCGCUUAACGGACCACAGCUGACGACCAGAACCUGCUUGUUGACUGGAAAGUAGACAACACGUGCUACCUGUUACAUUUCUUUUUCAUUGCUCAUUUCCAUGUGUUUUUAUAUACUCUUUUUCAUUUAUUUGGUUUGUUUUAUAGUGUAUUGUCAGCAUGUGUAAAUAGUGUUUUAUAAAGAUGAUCACUUCUCUUCUAUUGUUUUAUUUUGCUGUAUAAUAAAGCACAUCUGAGUGGU